UCGGUCACCUUGCGCACGUCCCAUUUGUACUAAGGGCACCACCCAUUUCUUAAGGCGGCUGUCGGGCGCAGCUCUGGCUGCGGCGGCUGGGGUUGGCACGCGCCACUGCACGAAUUGCGCGAGACCAUAAGAUCUUCACCACCCCUUGGAAGUCAUUCAAGGAAAAUGACAGUGAAGCUUGGGGUGUGGUACUGCUCGCCCAGUGUUUGAGAAGACAGGUGCUGGACAGGUCUGAGCAGUCGGCUGAGACGCGAGUCCUCCAGAGAGAGAGAGAGAGACAGCGAGAGAGACAGAGAGAGAGAGAGUGCCUAUUCAAUGGCACGUGCGUGAGCUUCUGCGGGCACUGGAAUGGGCACAGAAGCAGAAAGACGCUUCAGAGGUAGCGAUCGGUCCUGUCAGGCAGAAAAGGCCAUAUUUACAUAGACAGCAAUGGUCAGUGAGACGUUCCAUGACUGGGAUUCAAGUUCUGAGGAGGAUGUCCUCAACAUUAAUGUAGGUGGCCUCAAGAGAAGCCUCUGCUCCAGUACUCUGAAAAAGUUUCCUGACACCCGACUUGGCCGGCUACUGUCUUGUGAUUCAGAGGAGUCCAUCCUUCAGAUCUGUGAUGACUAUGAUGUUACAGAGAAGGAGUUUUACUUUGACAGGAACCCCGGUCUGUUUCCAUAUGUGCUGCACUUUUACCAGACUGGGAAACUUCACAUUGUGGAGGACCUCUGUGUCUUCUCAUUCUGCCAAGAGAUUGAAUACUGGGGGAUUAACGAAUUCUUCCUUGACACAUGCUGUAGUUACCGAUAUCAUGACCGAAAGCUAGAGAAUCAUCACAAGAGCUGGGAUGAGGAGAGUGAUGUCAGUAGUAUUGACACCUCUGUUGAUGAAAUUUCUGACUUGAAUAAGGACAUGCAGCACUUCCAUGAUGUACGCUGUGGGAAUGUUCGCAAACGACUUUGGUUAACCUUGGAGAAUCCUGGCUACUCUAUUCCCAGUAAGCUCUUCAGUUUUUUGUCCAUUAGUGUGGUGAUCACAUCCAUCACGACUAUGUGCAUCAAUAGCAUCCCAGAGUAUCAGAUACUUGAUGAGGAUGGUAAGGUGCUGGAAGACCCCACAUUACAGAUCCUGGAGUAUUUUUGCAUUUGUUGGUUCACCUUUGAAGUUUUUGCUCGCAUGCUUCUGGCACCUAACACGAAAAAGUUCUUUCUACACCCACUUAACAUCAUUGAUAUUGUAUCUGUGCUUCCUAUUUACUUCACACUGCUGUUUGACAUGACAGUGGGGAGUGACUCAGAGCUGGGGAACUUAGGAAAACUUGUUCAGGUCUUGCGACUGAUGAGGAUAUUUCGAGUACUGAAACUGGCAAGGCAUUCAACUGGUCUGAGGUCACUGGGGGCAACUUUAAAGCACAGCUACAGAGAGGUAGGAAUCCUGCUUCUUUACUUGGCAGUCGGCGUCUCUGUCUUCUCAGGUAUGGCAUACACUGCCGAGUAUGAAGAAAAGGUGGGGCUGGACACUAUUCCUGCUUGCUGGUGGUGGGGCACAGUCAGCAUGACCACAGUUGGAUAUGGGGAUGUGGUGCCAGUCACCAUUGCUGGGAAACUGGCAGCUUCAGGGUGCAUCCUGGGUGGCAUUCUGGUGGUAGCCCUGCCCAUCACCAUCAUCUUCAAUAAAUUUUCUCACUUCUACAGAAAGCAAAAAGCACUUGAAGCCUCAGUGCGCAAUAGCAACAACAAUUCUGUCCCGGAGUCUGAGAGAGAGUCUCAGAUUGAAGACCUGGACAGUCAUGGUCUGGAGGAAGCAACAUCCACCUACUUUCAGUUUGACCUGGGAACAAUCAGCCCAGCUACUGACAGAAAAGCAUCUCCUUCUGCUUCAGUUUAAAUAUCUCCUGGUGCCAAACACAUGCUGUCAAAAAGGUAAUGAAGUGAGCUAACCUGAUAACAGACUGCUUUAUCAUAAUUUCAUGAAUAGACGUCCAGAGGAUUUCCCAGCAUGUAAUCAUGUAGAUUCGGUCUAAUGGAAUUCCAGAUCUUUUCAUCUCAUCGAAAGGAGCUUUCGUCCUCGCAAGGAGUAGAGUUUAGAGUUUCAAACCCACUGAAUCCACCUCAGAGCCAUGGAGGCUGGAGCCUCUCCCAAAAGCAUUGGGCUCAAGUCAGAAACCAGUCCUGGGCAGGGUGUGCCAGUGUCUUUUUCUAAAAUAUACCAGUUCUACAGCAGGAACCUCUGAAACUCCCAGUUGUGUAUCAUCCAGCAUUUGAAAUGAUGCUAAAUAGACACCUGCAGAAGUGGCAGCAGGUUUUACCAGUUUCUGUCAGCCACCACAAAAGUUUAGACAGCAUAUAAUCACAAAGAGAAUGCGUUUUGCAUUAUUUAUCUGAAUGCAUCCCGAUAGAUUUGUUUUCACGAUGUGGCUUGAUUACAAUAGUAAAGCUGUACUGAACUGAAUGCCGUAAGAAAAUAAGUUGGUCCAGUUAAAAUCAAGAUGAUCACGUUAAGAUAGAAAAAGACAAUCAUUUCCAGUUACCUUUACCGUAUAGCCAAGCUACACAUUCUGACCAUGCACUAGAAUGUUUUUCGUCGUGGCGGAAGCAUGACUAGGAGAAACUUCAUCCAACGACUGAUCAAGUCAAACAUGUAACCAGCAGGGUUCUAAUUAACUGACUAGUCACACCAAAGCUUCAAUGGCAGCUUUCCCCCGUAUUGCCUGUACCUGGACAGUCUGAGAUUUGGCUAGGAACAUUUUCCUGUUUCACUUAUACGUAAUGCUCAUUCUUCUCCAAUUUUAUUGGUCUUUUUUUUUUUUUACUGUGAAGCUUUCAUGGACGGGAUUGUUUGUUCACAAGGGUCUUGAAAGUCAGUUGCAGGUGCACUGCUGUGCCACUUGGAUGGCAUGCUCUGCUUGUCCAUUCUUGGGUGAAUUAGAGAUCAUUAUAUUGAUGCCGAGCUCAUCUAUCACUGACACCCAAGGGGCAGCGUUUUAUAUUCAAGAGGUGGCGGAGGGCCUUGAGCUGUUUGUUCCAGUUUUUACCAUUGGUCCUUAGAGGCACGAUAUCCUAUAAUCCAUUAAAAUAAUACAUUAUAUGAUUUUGCUCAGCUCAAGGGUUUGCUGGAGUUCAUUUGUUUUUCUCUCGACAUACAGUAUGUGCAUCAUAGUCUCUCCUCAGAGUGUACAUCAGUUAUAUAAACGCCCCCAUGGCCAGCAGCAGAGAGUGGCUUAAACACCACUACUGCUACCAGACUGACUUGUACAAAGAAGAAGAGGUUGGUUUCGGCUAAUAACAGAUCUUGGCUUCCAUUUCCCAGUGGGAGCAACCGAAAAAUGACAAGAAUGUGAACCAGGCUUCUAUCUGUUAGGUGUCAGGUGUGCAAAGUUGCAUAGAAGAAAGCUGCAGUAAUUGUUUUCUGUUUAUAUUUUUUUAUUGUUUUACUUUGUGUGACAGUUGCAUACUUCAUCAUUUAGAAAUUUUGCUUUAAAAUAUUAGGGAAAAUAAGGCAAUAAGAUUGGCAUUUGUUUUACUCUUUAAUUCUGCAGAAAACACUUGCUUAAAAGUAUCAUAGGGUUACUUCAUAGAUUUGUUUUCCUGUUUUCGUAUCUGUAUUACUAGAAGUAUGAUAAUGGAGUUGAGGGAAAAAUAUGGCAAUGUCUUCUGGCAAGAUUCUUCUAGAUGAGUAAUAAUUAGUUACAAUAUGAAACUUACAGUAAAGUUGGUUAUAUUGAGAUGUUUGUGCAAAAUAUUGCACGGCGAACAAAGAAGCAGUCAUGAAGGACAUGCCGAGCUUCAUGGCACAACUGUCCAUCGUGAUAAUCACUAUGUCUGCCAGUCGUGACCUCUCCCCAUAUAAUCUGCAACUUUGGCUGUGAAGUGAGAGCUUCUUGGUUUCAGUGCCUCACGUUUUCACUAAUUUCUGAACUGAGCCUGUGAGGGGAGACUCGCAAUGAGAUGUUGCUCUCUCAAAUCCCUCGCAUGUCAACUUGAAGGAGCCUUUACGAACAUACAGCUACACACCCGAAGUACUCUGCUCCAAUGAAUGCAACGUAAUCUUCUCGCCAGUCCUCGCACCGAUAACAAGACUAAGAAAAUGAAAUGCUAGCUUCACCUGGCAAUGUUUGCUGCUUCCAAAUGUGGGCCAAGGGUUCCUUUCCAUGUGGGGAGCUACUUUUUUGCGCUCCACCCUUGUACAAACACACAUGUUUUUGCUUUCUUCAUUCUAGUUGUGCAAAUUCAGCUAGCUCAGUUAAGACCAAUAAAUAAAUAAGCCAAAAAGAA